CAUCUAAAAGUAAUUGUUUAAAUUGUUGUUGAAUGUUUCAGAAGGAUGUGAGGGGUCUCUUUAAGAAUUAGACAAAUACUGUCAACAGGUUGCAAGAUGACUGGUAUACAGGACAAUUCAUAUACACCUGACUAUCUGGACUCACAGGCUGAGGACAGAUAUUCUACGGAUGCAAAUCAUGUCUCUGGAGACUUCUUUAAAUCAAGACGAAGUGGAUCAACCCCUUCCUUAACUGGAUCCGGAGUCUCCAAUCCCUCCACCUAUCCUGUAUCCUCUACCCCUGUAAACCUACCUCCAGGAACCAACAUUAGUCAAAGUAAUAGUAGUGGGCGUUCCUCUAGAGGUACCACGCCCCCUGCUCCCUCCUUCAGGAAGGGGAAAGGGGGUCAUAGUUCCGGACAAGGGUCAGAUAACUCCAGAUCUUCUCAUUCUAAGUCACCAAAACAAUCUUCGUUAACAGGUACUUCUUUUUAUUCGUCAUUAUUUACAUUUCUUUUUAAAUAACAUUCAGUCGGAUUU